ACAAAGACAUGGCAUCAGUGCCGUGGGAAAGUUCUUUACAGACGAAGGCAAGUGAGCUUCAUGGGGACACAUGGCAGAUUAUAAUUAAUGGCUCUAUUAAGCCACACAGUCAAGCUCCUGGUUGGCAUCAAUACAUUUUUGGCUCCUUUGCACGGUUCAAGUGUUCUAUUUGUAAAAGAACAUGGCCGUCUAAAAGAGUGCUUGUGGUGUUCCAUUUCCAUCUGAACACCGCAACGAAACAGGGAACCAUUAAAGUGCGACGCUAUAAACAGGAGUGCAGAAAGUGCAAUGAACCUCGGAUGGAGGAUCCAAACUUCUCAGAGGACAACAUUAAUGUGCUGACUGAGAGACUAGUUGACAGGAUCCGCAUGAGAUGCUAUGGAGAAAACCUGGGUGAAACAAAUAGACCUUCAGUGUUCAGAGACAGAGUUAAUGGGCCACAUGAAAGUGCUCACUGUGAAGCUUGUAAGGAUGGCAUCUGUAAUAAAGCAAACUGAGAUUGAUUUU